GUUUCAUAGCUAGGGGAGCCUGAAGAAUCAGAAAGACAGUGAUGGGAAAAGCAGAGAAAGAACAGCUGAAUCGGGCACUCAUCGCCCAUCUCAAUUCCAUCCAUGAAACCUUACAGAUGUUGGAUCAAACUCCUCCUUCCAUGGAGAAGGUGGCGUGGGCUCAGGUUAUCCAGCUUGGUGACCAAGUUUCCAAGCAAGCUACUAUCGCUGGAAUGCUUUGGAAUGGAGAAUCACCUGAUGCUAAACAAGUUGAGGAGACCAUGAAUUCAUUUUUCAAUGUGCUGCAGGGCUUCCUUUUGCUCUCCCAUGGAAGCAAUGUUGGUGCUGGUCCAACUCUAUCUUCAAGCAUCCAUGAAUCCGUUAAGCACGUUGUUGAUUCCAGUUUUAGGUUAAUGAAGGAACAUGUCUCGUUAUAUGGAUCUCACAAUAAGGAGAAGAAACUUUCAAUGCCUCAGUUUGUUGGAGCAGUAUGGGAGGCAUGUUCUGCUCUUAAGAAGGUCCCCGCCACAAACGUGAUAGCGAUUGGGCGUGCAAUGACGCAGGUAGCCGUUUCUGUGAAGGAUGUUGUUCGUGAGAUGAACGAGCUGAAGCCUGCUUCCUCUGACCUCGGGAAUGGAACCUCUGAUGACACUCCUAGCAAAGCUGAAAGCAAGCCUGAAGAUGAGGAUUUAAGUGAUGAUGAUCUAGGCAGUGACUUGUCGCCUGAAGAAAUGAAAGUUGCUCAAUUCGCUCAAGGGGUCGUGUCCCGGACACUUGUGGUUAUAAAGGAACUUAUCCGCACUAUCACUGGUAUGCUUAAGCUAGAAACCCCAGAUGACAAUGGUAAAUUUGUGGAUUCUUUGGAGAAAUUAUUGAAGAUAUGUCAAGGUGUUGGAGCAGAGAUCGAUGAAAUUGGAGCCUGUCUUUACCCCCCUCAAGAGAUUGAUGCAAUAAAACUAGCUUUGGAGAAAAUAUCAAGUAGCAUCAAUGGAAUGCAGCAAGAGGUUGAUAGUUUUCAAACAUCUGCAGAGCCGUUUGUUGAGGCUUGCGGUGGAUUGAGAACCGUUUUAAAACAAAUGGAAUCCGAAAUCGAUUGCUUCAGCACAACAGAGUUAACAAAUAAAAUGCAGAACGUUGCCGUCAUGGACUAGAUAUAUCUAUAGAUAGAAAUGGAUAUGUGAAGGAAAAUUGUUCUGAAAUGCCCAUCUUUAUUUUACAUUUUUUCCAGACUCUUUUCUGUAUUUGAAGUCUUACUGAGCAGUCUAGUGGCACAAUAUAUCAAUUGCAGGCACUGUCUAGCAUAA